CAACUGGAUUGGAUCCAAUCGUGUCUAUUAACCUCAUGUUCGGCCCGUCUGGACACCUAUGCUGGCCAGGAAUUCCGCCAUGCCAUUAUUUGCCUCAGCUUGAAUAUGAAUGUUCCGUGCCCGAUUGUUCCGUGGACGGAACUGGAAGACUCCGCCCUUCGUUCCCAGCAGUUUCUUCAUCUUCUCCACCGCGUCGGACUUUUCCCCGACUCCUACCAGCCAUCCCUCUAUCCGCGUAUUCCUCGACACUGGUCGGCCGACGUCCUCUACAGCGUCGCUCUCAUCUUCGGGCCCGUCCAUCAGCAGCGAAUCGAUUUCGACUUGUCCCGUGUCCGGCAAAUCAAAUUGAACAUUCCCCAUUCGGCCGUCGAUCUUCAAUCGAAUGACCAGAUGUUCAAUACCCCCGCCAGCAAUCAUAGCGAUGAACCGGUAACAGGAGAUAGCUCAAUGUCGAGAGCGGACUCGUUGGAAGUCCAGAAAAACGACUCGAGCGAAGACGAAGAAAUGGAAUGCUCGGACAGCAGCAACAGGUUAACGAUCUCACCGAGAAAUUCAUCUGAACUUCAUCGGGUCCCGCUCGACUGGUCCGUCCACCCGGACAUGGGCAGACAAUUGAGCGGCGAUGGCGACGUGACUUUUUAGAUGGGAUCGAUUGGAUACGAAAUAAUGCGCGUGUCUUACAAUAAUAUUCGUCCUUGAGCAAUACAUUGGAUUUGAUCUGGUUGCUGUUUUCUUACUCUUACCCUGUUUUCAGAUUUGUCUUACUUAACCAUUUCA